AAAAUCCUAAUGUUUCUACCUUUCUCUUCUUACUGAUCUGGGUAGCCAUGAUGACUUUCGCCAAAGAGAACGAUCCCAGAUCACAUAGCGCCCUUAGUUUUCAGUGUGCGCACGCGCAGUAUGGAGAUUGACCGCCAUGAUUGGAAGAAGUGCAACUCGUUGUGCUGCGAAUCUAUCAAGAAUUUCUUCUUCUCAUAGCUUACUGAGAGCAGCUGCAAAGCUUUGUAAAUCAGGAACGAAUGGAGUAAAAAGAGCAUCUACGCUUUCAGCUACGCUGCAAUCAAGGCUUGCCAAAGGCAGUAUGCCUAAUAGUUCAUUUGUUGCAGUUCAAGAAAAGUAUGGCAAAUUCCUUUCAAAAAACUUUAGUGCUAUUUCAGCAGCCUGUGAUUCACCACAGGUUUUAGUAGAGCUAUUGAUACAAACUGGAAUAAGUACUGAUUUGCAAGAAGAUGAUGAAGAGAUGUCUAGCGUUUCAGGAAAAAAAAAGCAUAGGCGAAAGCAGAAAUACUGACAAAUUUUAAUGUAAAAAGAAUGACAAACAACAUUAAAUAAUUGGAUAUGUUAUAGACCUAUGCAUGGGCUGUAUGUUUUUCUCCAUUUUUAUGGUUUCAUAUUCUGUAUAUUAAAUGCAAAGAUCGUUCAGAUUUUUAAACAUUUUUUUAAAUAGCUUCCUUUUUGCUUUAUUUGCCUCAACUGACAUUAUCACAAUAAGUAAAGCAAUGAAUGAGCAUUAAAAAAAUGAAAGUUGUAUAAUUUUAAACCUAACUCUGUUUUCUUUUUGCGUUGCUAGUGUGUGUUUUUUUUUUUUGUUUGUUUGCUUCAAAGUGACUUAGGAAAUAGGUAGUAAAAAAUUUUGAAAUUAAAUAUGAAAAAAAAGGUUUUUAUGUCUUUUAUGAUGCAUUGUUGUGUAUUAUGAUUGGUAUUUGUAGUUGGAUGUCACAACAAGUUAACAUAAUAUUCAGCUUUUAGGGUUUUGGAAUCCCUUGUAAUUCAUUGUAAUCAUUUAACAAUAAAAAAAACAGCCUUAAUAAUUAUU